AUGCUAAAUGGUCAUCAAUUAUCAAUACAUAAUUCGUGGGAGAAUAAAUUUGCUAAAGAAAUAGCCCGUGACGGGAAAGAGGUAUGGCUUGGUUCUGCGAAAUUUGGCAAAUUGGCCAAAUCCGAAUGGACUGAUAAAACACCAUUCAAUUUCAAAGGCUGGAAAAAUGGUAAAGAAUCCUUAAUUAAAUUAAUACGGCCAUGCACUAAAAUGAAUGUAACAAAUGGUGAAUGGUUUCAAAGUUGCUGUCGAAUAGUUGCACCAUAUAUUUGUCAGAAAAAUCUGCAACCUAUGAAACUUCAUAUUAACAACAAGCAGGUAAAUAAUUAUUUAUAA